AUGGUGGAUCAAGUGGACAAGGAGGAAGCGACGAGAACAGAGCAAAACGCGAAGACAACGGCGAUUGAUGCGUCUCCAAAACUGUCAAAGAGAGCAAAACUCAUUGAAGAGAAACUGAAAACCAAGCAAUCCACAUCACUGUUUGAUACAGAUGGCGAUUUGAACAAAUGCAAUAUCAUCGAAGGAGGUCGACGAAGCAGAAUCAGAACAACUAGCAGCGACACAUCCACAUCUACAUCGUCGCCAUCGACUACACCAGUAGCAGCAGUAAGACCAAGAGGAAAACUAGGGCCGAAACCUAAAGCAAAUCCUGGUCCGAAGCCCUCUGCAGCCACAUCAGCGACACCGAAAGCUAGAUCUAAACCUGGACCCAAACCAAGAACCAAGCCAGGACCAAAGCCUGCAGCAGUAGGAGCGAAGUCAGUGAAUGCAAAACCGAGAGGAAAGCCAGGACCCAAGCCGAAACUAACGAACAAGCAGCUCACGAAACGGCUUGAGCAGCAGCAGCAGCAACUAAAGCGGAAACGCCAAGAGCCUGCUAGGAGAGUACCAACAAUGCCCUUAUACAAAAAUGCAAAGAUCAAGUUGAUGCCAAAGCCCACCUCAUCCAUCGACCAGCAAAAGAAUGACUUGAUAGCCCAAAGACUUUCUCAAAUGGAAAAACUGCAGCAGAAUCACGACAAAUCUGUCAAGGAGUUGUACCAUUUGGAGCUGUUUCAGAACAUGCUUGAUUAUAAGCCAGAUACAUUUAUCAACGACGUUCGUUACAACCAGUAUAUUGAAGAUUACGAUUUGUGGAAAUUCAUUAAAGCAAAGGAACCGUUUGUUUCCUCUACGCAAGACCCUUCAUUGACUGAUCUGCUUCAAAGCGCUAUUUAUGAAUCAAUACACACUAUACCCAAUACUCAUAAUGCACCUCACGUCAGCACCGCCAUCAGUAGCAGCAACGCCAGCAGCAGCUUAGCUUUAGCACCGAUUGUCAAUACCAUCAGCACAGGUACAGGUCUUCGCCGCCAAAACCGACAGUUUGCCACAUUGGAUGACUAUAUGAAUUCAUACAUCUCCAUUGACGAAAAUGAAGAUAUCACACCUGAGGCAUGUGAAGCUCUUGUAGAGAAGGCAAUUGUUGUGCGUCAGAAAAUUAAUUCGUUGAAAGCAAGAGGAGGUUUGUCCACACCGGAUCUCAAGGAGAUUGCCAACAGACGGCCUCAACAACACAAUGCACACAAACAUACGCCACCCUUACACCACGAGAAUUUACUGUCAGAUAUGGCUACUGUGUCUCGCAACUUUCAGCUGAAUCAGAAGUACAAGCGCAACGCUGCUCGUCGCUGUGCCAAGGCAGUUGAACGCUACUGGGACAACAUCCGCACGCAAGACGAGCGUAUCCAAAAGGAGGAAAAAAAGCGUAUUGUCAGACUGGCCAAAUGGACAUCAAACCAAGUGAAGAAGAAGUGGAAGGUCGUUGAACGUGUAUGUGAAGCCAGAUUAAAGGAAAUGUUAAAAGAGCAACAAGCUGAGGAAGGUCGUCGUCAUUUGGAACUGAUCUUGGAGCACUCUGAGCAAAUGUUGAAUGUGCGUAAUGAAGAAUUGAGACAGCAACAAAAAGCAGCAGCAGAGCACACUGAGCCAGACAACGACGACGACGCUAUGUGGCAGGGCGAAACUGAAGAGAACCAAGAAGACAUUAGAGACCACAUGAUUGAAGAGGACCAAGAAGAGAGCGAAGAUGACGAGACUGCAUUAAGAGAGCUGGAGGACGAUCAAAACUUGACUGUGGAGGAAUUAAUGGCAAAAUACCACGCAAUGCAGCAAAACGAGCAAGCGAAUUCUGAGACUGACGCCACUCAGAUUGACGAGGAAGAUGACGAUGGGGACCUGCAAAGCGAAAUUUCAUCAUCUGUUGCUGCAGCAGAAGACGCAGAAUUCUCCGAUGCAUCAGACGCAGAGGACAUUCCUAUUGAAGACGAUGGUCAGAGCGAAGAUGAUGACGAGGAGCUAAAUGCUCUGAAUGAUGACGCCAAUCUCACUGUGGAGCAGUUGAUUCAAAAGUACAACUAUAGCAUCGGAAAUGAUGCUGACGAUGAGGAAGAAGAGGAAGAUGAAUCGAGCAAGCGCCCGUUGGAUGUAGAGACUGACAGUAUAUCAGUAGAUGAGGAGCCUGCUACCAAGCGUCGAAGAUUAUCACCUACGCAAAAAGAAGAGUCCACGCUAGCUCAACUCAAUGACGAAGCAAUGUCAGCAGACGAUCAGGAUACAGACAACAAACAAGCAACCCAAUCCACGGAAGCUGCAGCAGUUACUACAAACAGCAGCAAUUUCAAUACGCCUAUUCCCUUCCUCUUGAGAGGCACAUUGCGUGAAUAUCAGCAUGUUGGCCUCGACUGGCUUGCCAGUCUAUACAAUAACGGAUUGAACGGUAUCCUCGCUGACGAAAUGGGCCUUGGUAAAACGAUUCAGACCAUUGCAUUAUUGGCGCAUUUAGCUUGCGAGAAGCAGGUGUGGGGGCCUCAUUUAGUCGUUGUGCCUACCAGUGUUAUUCUCAACUGGGAAAUGGAGUUUAAGAAAUGGCUGCCCGGGUUCAAGAUUAUGACCUACUAUGGCUCACCCAAGCAACGUAAGGAAAAGAGAAUCGGAUGGUCCAAGGACAAUGCGUUCCAUGUGUGUAUCACCUCAUAUCAACUGGUGCUCCAGGAUCAAAACAUGUUUCGUCGCAAAGCGUGGCAAUACCUUAUUCUUGACGAAGCCCACCAUAUCAAAAACUUUCGGUCUCAACGCUGGCAAGUACUGCUCAAUUUUAACUCGAGGCGUCGUCUGCUGUUGACAGGUACGCCACUGCAAAACAAUCUAAUGGAACUAUGGUCGCUCUUGUACUUUUUGAUGCCCAAUGGCGUCUCUCAGGAUAUGCCUAUCGGGUUUGCCAACCUCAAGGAAUUUCAAGAAUGGUUCUCGCAUCCCGUCGAUCGCAUGAUUGAGAGCAACAAUGCGCAACAGCAGCCAGGGAUGGAUGAGGAAUCACGCGCAGCUAUUCAAAAGCUUCAUACUGUGCUUCGCCCUUACUUAUUACGUCGUCUCAAGGCCGAUGUUGAGAAGCAAAUGCCAGAGAAGCACGAGCAUAUUGUCUACUGCCGGCUUUCCAAGCGUCAGCGCUACCUGUACGAUGAUUUCAUGGGUCGUGGCAAGACAAGAGAGACGCUGGCCAGCGGUAACUUUCUCAGCAUCAUCAACUGCUUGAUGCAGUUGCGCAAAGUAUGCAACCACCCUGAUCUGUUUGAAGAACGCCCCAUUUUGACUAGUUUCGCCAUGGAUGAUGAAGUCCAGUUUCACGGCCAAUGCUUGGAAACAAUGAUUCGCAAACGCCUGCCCCUCAAGACGACACGCGACCAGGUGAAUCUCGGGUUUCUGAAUCUCGUCAUUACAGAUGCAAACCAAAACAAGGUGCUUAGUCAAACCGUGGCCGAUGACACACUGCGUCUAGAAGCCACCAAGCACAUCAUGACGAAAAUCGCCAAUCAUCAAAAGCGCAUCUCAGUAGCUGAAUCGCGUGCUAUUACAUCCACUAGUCAUUACCAAGAUCUCAAGAGAUAUGCAAAGUAUCGAGAAAUGCAAAUGCACAUACAUGCUGUGAGUCGAUGGCAGAUGAUACACUAUGUAAAUCACUUUCGGUGCGCUCAAAGACCUCUCUACGAUGCCAACUUACUUGCCCUGUUAUCACCUUCCAUCAAGUACAUGUUUUCGCAUAAUCCCAAACAGUAUCUCGAUCAAUGCGAGGCAGUGUAUCACGCUGUUUCUAGCUACAAGGACAGAAUCAACAAUAAUGCGCAUAUAUUGGAACAGUUUGGCUUUGUUACACCCAAGGUGGUCAUGAAUGUAGACAGAAGAACCGUUCAGCCAUGGCCACAGCAGCUUUCCGACAGCACGCAAAUGCAGUUGCUACGAUCAGCAACCAGUGUAGAGAAUGACAUUUUUCAUCCAAUCGAGUCUAGGCUGUCAAUCGCAUUUCCAGACAAACGUUUAUUGCAGUACGAUUGCGGUAAGCUGCAGAAACUAGAUCAACUCUUGCGCACUUUGGCAGCUGGUGGUCAUCGCGCAUUAAUCUUUACACAGAUGACUCGCGUUUUGGACGUUUUAGAGACCUUUUUGAAUAUGCAUGGUUAUCGUUAUUUGCGUCUAGAUGGUGCAACCAAGGUGGAACAACGUCAAGUCAUGACAGAGCACUUUAAUAAUGACAAGCGUAUUAUGUGCUUCAUCCUGUCGACUCGUAGUGGUGGUCUUGGUAUCAACUUGACAGGUGCUGACACAGUCAUCUUUUACGAUUCGGACUGGAACCCCUCCAUGGACAAGCAGUGUCAAGAUAGAGCGCAUCGUAUCGGUCAAACAAGAGAUGUCCAUAUCUAUCGAUUUGUUACUGAGUUUACGAUCGAAGAAAACAUCUUUAAAAAGGCAAAUCAGAAGAGAAUGCUGGACAAUGUGAUCAUCCAAGAAGGUGAUUUUACCGACGAUUACUUCAACAAAAAUGAGUGGUGGAAAGAUUUACCUGAGGUGGUUGGUUCUGGGCCUGCCAUACAAAACAGUAGUAACACCAAGGCGAUUGAUUAUGAACAGGCUCUGUUACAAGCAGAAGAUGAGUCAGAUGCCGCUGCUGCUAUUGCUGCUGGAAAGGAAUUGAACAUGGAUGAGAACGAGUUUGAUGAGAAUCGUCAAAUGAUGAGUGACACUCCAUCUGGGCCAGCAUCGCCAUUCACACCCACGAUGAGUGCUACGCCCACAAGACAAACCAGUGUUUGUAACGAUACUGAGGCUGAAGCCGAGGAAGAGGAAGAAGACCGCGAUGUUGUCAUGGAAGAAGCAGCCCCAUCAGAUCUAACGACAGCAGCACCAGUGCAGCAGCAAGAAGAGCAAGAACAAGACGAUGAUGGUGAUGAAGAUGACGAUGACGAUAAUAUGCAACUGAAUGUGGGACAUGUGGAUCAAUACAUGUUACAAUUCUGGGAAAGAGAGAUGGUUGGUACCAAUCUAGGAUUUGGAGGUUUUCCUGAUGAAUAA